CCCUGAUUUGAUUUGUAGUGAUGGCAAGUGUCUUCUUAUGGAGUUUGCAGCUUAUAAUAAAUCUGGGUUUCUCUCACUCACAAUGCUCACUGUUGAAUGUGGAUCACGAGCAAUUUAGGACCAAAUACGAUACUAAUCAUGUUACAAUACCGAAUGACGGGACGGAUGUGUGGGAAAUUAAUCCUAAAUAUUUGAAGUUUGAGAACAAAGUUGCCUCUGGAUCAUAUGGUGAUCUGUACAAAGGUACAUAUUGUAGUCAGGAAGUGGCUAUCAAAAUUCUCAAGCCUGAGCGAGUAAAUUCAGACUUGCAGAAAGAAUUCGCCCAAGAAGUUUACAUUAUGAGGAAAGUUCGACACAAGAAUGUUGUACAAUUUAUCGGUGCAUGCACCAAGCCUCCAAGUUUGUGCAUUGUAACAGAAUUCAUGUACGGAGGAAGUGUCUAUGACUACCUACACAAGCAGAGGGGUGUUUUUACGCUGCCAAGUUUACUUAAAGUAGCAAUAGAUGUUUCUAAAGGAAUGGAUUACUUGCACCAAAAUAAUAUAAUCCAUAGGGAUUUGAAGGCUGCAAAUCUUCUCAUGGAUGAAAAUGAAGUAGUCAAGGUUGCUGAUUUUGGUGUUGCCAGAGUGAAAGCUCAGACUGGAAUUAUGACUGCGGAAACUGGGACCUAUAGAUGGAUGGCUCCUGAGGUCAUUGAACACAAGCCGUAUGACCACAAGGCUGACGUAUUUAGUUUUGGGAUCGUGUUAUGGGAGUUGUUAACUGGAAAGAUUCCAUAUGAAUACUUAACCCCUUUACAAGCAGCUGUUGGAGUGGUUCAAAAGGGUCUACGGCCUACCAUACCCAAGAAUACUGAACCAAAGCUUGCCGAACUGCUAGAAAAAUGCUGGCAACAGGAUCCAGUUCUAAGGCCUGACUUCUCGGAGAUAAUAGAGAUCCUGCAACAAAUAGCGAAAGUGCAGGUUGGGGAUUAUCGUCUGGCCAAUUUCUAUCUGUGCUCAGGAGGAAGUAAAGGGAAGUCUUGCAGAUGCUCAUAACCUGAACAACAAGCUAAUCGAACCUGCCAUUUUCCAUCCUUCUCAUUACCAUUACUGUAUAUUAUUUUAUUUGUCAA